AAGCAAUCAUUUCUCCUUCUCUCUGGCUGCAUUCUUGCAGCCAUUGAGAAAUGCUGUGUGAGCUGUCAUUGGUCACAGCUUGUCACAUGGUACAAGGCUGUUGUGAAUAGCCUUGUACCAUGUGACCUCUGUGAUCAUUCACAGAUUUCACACGUAGUAAGCAAUGAUGUCACAAGUGACAUCUUGCUUACUACUUUGCAUGUGAUCACUGAUUGGCCAAUCAGUGAUCACAUGAUUGGGACCUCGCACAGAGGUCCUGUCCGACAAUCGGUGUUUGCACCGGAUCGCGGUGCUGCACGUUCCCAGGGAGCGCACACAGCUAGAAAUGGCGGGUGCCGUUUAUGAACGGCAACCCGCCCCUGGAGUGCCACCGUCCGGCCGUUUAUAAAUAGCAGGCGGAUGGAAAGUGGUUAAUAAAACAGAGGAAUUAUCA